AUGGAUCAAAGCGCCAGCAUAACGGAUGUGAUCACUGCACUCCAACAGAUUGUCUCGAAUCCGAAUCUGCCAACAUCCCAAGCUCUCUCGAAAGACAAAUCUACACCUCGUCUGAUCCUCCCCAAGGGCGCUCCCGGCCUUGACAAGAUCCAGGCACAGUCGAACAUCUCAACUCCCUUCUCUGCGAUCGCAUCAAGUUCCAGUCCACAGACCCUUCAGGCUCUAGCAGAGCACCUCGCAAGCACUGUCCUGCCCAACUUGAACCUCGCAUCCCUCUCUCCCAACUACUACGGCUUCGUCAUCGGCGGCGCCACUCCCGCCGCCCUGCUGGGUGACUUCCUCGCUUCGAUCUACGACCAGAAUGUGCACGUCCACCUCCCCGCCGAGACUAUCAGCACGACCGUCGAAGCCGCCACGCUCAACCUGCUAGUCCAGCUCUUCCGCCUGCCUGCUGCAGACUGGUCGCUCGCUCAACCCGGCGGUCAUGGCGGCGGCGUGUUCACGACCGGAGCAACGGCAAGCAACAUCCUCGGUCUCGGCCUGGGCAGAGAAUACGUCGUGCACAACGCUCUGAAGCGCACAGGCAUCACCACCGACCCGGACGCGAGCGUAGGCGAACAUGGUCUCGCCGAACUGCUCGUCAAAGCGGGAAAGAUCAAGAUCCAGGUCCUCAGCACGCUCCCCCACAGCAGCAUCGCCAAAGCCGCAAGCGUGGUCGGGAUCGGACGACGGAAUGUCAUCUCCAUCUCUGUCGAGGACGAUCCUCUACGCAUCGACAUGGAACGUCUGCGGCUCGAAGCAAGCCGGCCGGACGUUCUCAACAUCCUCGCCGUCUCCGCGGGCGAAGUCAACACGGGCCGCUUCGCCACGGAUUCUGGCGCGACGAUGGGUCGGCUGCGCGAGAUCUGCGACGAGUUCGGGAUAUGGAUGCACGUCGACGGGGCGUUUGGGCUCUUUGGCCGCGUCCUACCCCCCGAUGACGCCGAGUACGAACAAGUCAUCCGCGGCGUCGAAGGCCUCGAGCUCGCCGACUCGAUCACAGGCGACUGCCACAAGUUGCUCAACGUCCCGUACGACUGCGGCGUCUUCUUCACAAGACACAAACACCUGAGCGAGGACGUCUUUGGCAACCCGGGCGCCGCGUAUCUCAAGGUCCGCGACGGCGACGGUGACGGCGUGCAGAGCCCGUUGAACAUUGGCCUGGAGAACUCCAGAGCCUUCAGAGCCUUGCCUGUCUAUUGCACCCUGCUGAACUACGGACGGGAGGGCUACGUGGACAUGCUCAGACGACAGAUCGCGCUUGCGAGGAGGGUGGCCAGGUGGUUGUGGAACGACGCGCGGUUCGAGGUUCUGGGUUCCAAGCCCGGUCAAAGGGAGACCGAGGCCGAAAUGGUUGCAAGGACAUAUAUCAUUGUGCUGUUCAGGCUGAGAGAGGGCGACGACGGCGACGUCGAUGGGAGGAGGAGGAGGAGGAGGGACUUUGUUAAGAACGUGAACGCGACAGGAAAGAUAUACAUUAGCGGAACGGUCUGGGAAGGCGAACCUGCCGCGAGAAUAGCCGUGAGCAAUUGGCAAGCUGACGUGAAGAGAGAUGGCGACUUGAUCGAGAGUGUUCUGCACGAAGUUGCAGGGAACGCAUGA